UUCAAGUGUAUCUGUGUAACUGUGUUUCACUUGUGCAUCUAACAUUCGCCUUCACAUUAACUUGGAUUGAUCUCUAUUUCAUCUUUUUUUAAAACCCAUUGUUCAACGGACAACAUGAAACUGUUUCACCAUUCAACACCAAAUGAACAUCCUCACCAGAAAGACAAAACAGCGGUUUUUCCUUAUCAACUUGAUACAAGUAUAGCGCCUUCAACCAAAGGAAAGAGUGAUAAACUAGUUGAUUGCUGGUUAAACAUGGCUCCAACCAUUUUAAUUAGUCCAACGAACCAAGAUGACGGAAAUAAUUUUGUAUCAAACGAUAUUUCUGAAUCAGUUAAUCCUCUGUCGCCAAACAAAUCUAAUCUCUCGUCUGAUAACACUCUUAUGAUCAUCAACACUGACACUAAUAACAUUAACAACAACAAUAAUAAUAACAUUAAUAGCUUCAAUAAAACGAGGAAAACAAAUUGGAUUCAAUUAUCUGGUCACGAGAAUACCUUUGCAUUUGGUAGUCCAGGAAUCUUGUAUAAAAAAUGUAAAUCUGAUGGCAACGAAGCUCUUGCCUACAAAUCACUAAUGGAAGAAGCAACUAUGAAACCUUUUGUACCUAAUUUUUACGGCUGCCUAACCGUUAACGGAUCAUGUUGCAUUGCCAUUGACAAUCUAUUAUACCAUUUUGACAAUCCCUACAUUAUGGAUAUCAAAAUGGGAUCAAGGACUUUUCUGGAGGACGAAGUUUCAAAUGGUGAACCAAGAGCAGAUCUGUAUGAGAAAAUGAUCAAACUGGAUCCUAGUGCCUUAUCUGAAGCAGAGAAACAAGUCAAGGCGAUAACCAAAUUGAAAUAUAUGCAACUCCGGGAGCAAUUGAGUUCCUCCUCAACUUUAGGAUUUCGUAUUGAAGCAUUCAAGCAGACGAAUCUUCACCGAACCAAAGCCAAAGAUUUAUCAUUUGUAAAGACGAGAGAACAAGUAAAAGAAGUUUUGAGACAAUUUCUGCCGGCUGAUCGCGAUCAGUUCAACAAAAUUUUGGACCGUUUGAAUCUGAUUCAAUCAUCUUUCAAGUGUUCAUCCUUCUUUCAAUCCCAUGAAGUUGUUGGUAGCAGUUUACUGAUGGUCUAUGAUUCCUGUAAAGUGGGCAUUUGGAUGAUUGACUUUGCUAAAACUGUCCCCUUGCCUGAAGGUAUUACCAUUGACCAUGUUUCCCCUUGGGUUCAGGGUAACCACGAGGAUGGUUAUUUAUUUGGAUUGGAAAAUUUAAUCAACGUUAUAAAGGAAUUUUAACAAAGCGAAAAGAUAACAAAGUUGGAAAUCAAGAUUGAAAAGCGAUCUCAAAAGCAAAGGAAAGAAAAAGAAGAAAAUGAAAUCGCAUGAUUACAGAAAUCAUUUACAUCAUUAUCAUGGACACUAUUGACAUGAACAUCAAGCAACUGAAAAGUGCACAAUUCAUCAUUCAAUUACAAUUAUCAUCGCCAACAUCAACAUAAACAUCAGCAUUAAUAUUAACAACUUUAACAACAAAGUUGAUUGAAAGAAAUGCGAAACCUCCUUCUUAACCAGCUCAUUUUAUUUGAUUUUUUUUCUUUCUCUCUCCAAUUCAACUUUAUAGUUGUUUGCCUCUUCACUUAAUUGUAUUAAUUUACUUUAAAUCAUCAGAUUAGAGGUUUACUUUUACACUUUCCCCAGCUUCUUACAUUUCAAAUGAUCUUUCGUCAAUCCACUUCCAUUUAGUUUCCAUUUGAUUCAAUCAACUUUCAAAUCUGCCAUGAAACAAAAAAGAUGAACCCAAUGCCUUGAAUAGCUUCUCAGCCCGUAACCAUCAUCAUUUCAUCUCUCGCCAUUUAAUCAUCGCCAUCAUUGUUAUAACUAUUAUUUAAUGUGCCAAAGUAUAACCACAAUCAACUUCAUUUCUUCAAUCACUUCCUCUUCCAUCACCACCACCACCAUCUUCACCAACAACAUCAACAUCUUUUUCCCUCCUACAUCCUUAGUUUCACCGAGCCAACCGCCGUUGAAACAAUUGUAUCACAAUAUUUUCCUCUCACCAAUUAACAUUCUAAUAUUAUAAUUAUUAUCACAUAAUCACUGCUAAUUGAUAAAUCAAUUAUAUAAAUAUUAUAAUAAUUCAAUUAUUUAUCACAUAAACGUCAACCCAAGUUUAAAUUUUUAUAUUUAAAUAUUUUUCUCUCUUUUUUUCCUAACCAAUUACUUGCACUUUUUUUGUACCCACCGAGAAGACAGACAAAUCAUUGUAUUAAUAUAUAAAUAUUAAUGACACCAAAUGAG